AGACCUUUUUGGCCCGAGCUGCCGUGAACCGCGAAUACAGGGCGGGCGUAGUUGCCCUGAUACGCCUGCGUUGAGAAGCAACACGAUUCGUGCUCAACACGUCCGCGGUGACACCCUGCGUGUUGGCUCAACGUGUUGGCCCACGUGUUGGCCAACAUCUCGUACCAGACCUGCGUUAUCAGUCUACGCGUUGAGUGCCGUGCCACCGCGCUACGGGUUGCGUGUUGCGUAUCGGGGCGGCGAGGAGGGCGGGACGUUGCCCUAAACUUGGGGGGGCCAUGCUGGUGCGGUCGAGGGCGCCGCGCGCCCUCCACGCGGGGCUCGGCUCCACCUUCCACGCCGAGGCCCUCCCCGACGCGCUGCCCAGGCUUCAGAACAAUCCCAGGGUGGCGCCGUACGGGCUGCACACGGAGCUGCUGUCCGGGAACGCGUUCACGGCCUCCGACGAGACAAGCAUAUACCCAUGCUGACACUUUUCCCUCGAUACUCGGUGCUCUCCAUGGCGUUCAGUAUCUACGGGCUGUCAGAGCACUUGGCCUCUGACCCUGGGGAAAAAUAUUAGUCUUCGUCGCCACGGCUGGAUUCGCUUCGGCAUCCUGGUCAGGACGCAUCCCGGGAGAGGUCCAGGGACCAGCGGUACGAGUAUCUGUUAGCGCCUCAGAGGUCAGGCAUUUGCAGACCAGGACCCUACCAGAUCCAGCGUGAGAAAAUGGAGAGUUGAGAAUAGUUCGGCCCACGGCUGCAAUCUUCUCGGGCCCCGAAUCGAUUUGAUCACGUGGCCCUGAAUCGAUUUGCCCCCCCCGCCAGGCCCCGCGGGCGCAUAACCAGUACUCCUGGAUGUACAGGAUCCGGCCCAGCGUGCAGCACACGCCGCGCCGGUUCGAGCCGCUGAGGCACAGGAGCUGGGCCACGCCGCCCUUCGAGGUGCAGACGCCGGCCCCCCUGCGGCUGGCGCCCGUGGAGGUUUGCGAGGGCGACUGGCUGGACUCCGUGACGACCCUGGCGGGAAACAGCGGGGCCACCGCGGGCGUCUACGCCUUCCGGCGCGGCAUGGGCCGCAGGGUCUUCUGCCACCAGGACGCGGAGCUCAUGCUGGUCCCCCAGCAGGGCGCGCUGCGGCUGCGCACGGAGUUCGGCCCGCUCUCCGUCGGGGUGGGCGAGGUGUGCCUGCUCCCCCGGGGCGUGCGCUUCGCGGUGGACGCCGAGGAGGCGGGGGCGCCGCACCGGGGGUACGUGCUGGAGAACUUCGGCGCCAACUUCCGCGUGCCCGAGCUGGGCCCCAUCGGCGUGUCGUCGGGGCUCGCGCAGCCGAGGCACUUCCUCGCGCCGGAGCCCGCGUUCGAGGACGCCGAGGCCCGGCACGAGGUGGUGUGCAAGUUCGGCGGGCAGCUGUUCCGCGGAGAGAUCUUCUUCUCUCCCUUCGACGUAGUGGCGUGGUACGGCUCGCUCGUGCCGCUGAAGUACGACAUGUCGCUGUUCAUGUCAAUCAACACCGUCUCCUUCGACCACCCGGACCCAUCCAUCAACACGGUGGUGACGUCUCCUUCAGCAGAGCCCGGAGUCGCGAACAUCGAUUUCGUCAUCUUCGCCCCGCGGUGGAUGGCGGCGGAAAACACGUUCAGGCCGCCGUGGUUCCACAGGAACUACAUGAGCGAGUACAUGGGCCUGGUGAGGGGCGUGUACGACGCCAAGCCUGGUGCUGGCUUCAGCCCCGGGUGCUCCACCAUACACAACCGCUUCACCCCGCACGGGCCCGACGCGGGCGCGACCCGGGCCGGUCAGGCUGGGCAAGACGCCCCAGAGCGGUACGCAGACACAUUGGCCUUCAUGUGGGAGUCCAACCAGCUCUGGGUGCCCACAGCCGCCGCUAUGGAGCUCGCCGACGCCACGUACGCCGACUGCUGGGAAAACAUCCCCAAGACUUUCGACCCUAAGGACCCCCGCACGCCGCCGCACCCGUGGCGGCGUUGAGCCCCGCGGCAGCUCGGGGGCCCCUCGCUGGAGGGCGCGCCUCCGGGCCGCAGCCCCCCCCCCCCUUGGGCGGCCGGCCCUGGCGCGGUUGAGUAGCCCGCGCUGCGGCGCCGCCGGGCGGUAGCCGGGCGGGGCGACAGGACCCUUCUCCGCCCGCGGGAUGUCGCCA